GGCACGGGGAAGGGCAUCAGAACGGAGCCAGCGCUGAAGCAAGGACCAUCGUCACACAAUAACGUUAUUCCAUCUCUAGAAAUGGCUUUGGGCAGCGAAAAUCAGUCUCUUUUCAACGACGACGAGGAAUCAUCUUCUGCCGUUAAUGGGCCCUCUGUUAUCCGGCGAAAUGCCCGGGAACGCAACCGCGUAAAGCAGGUCAACAAUGGCUUCAGCCAACUACGACAACACAUUCCCGCGGCCGUAAUUGCGGAUUUGAGCAACGGUCGCCGGGGAAUUGGUCCCGGUGCCAAUAAAAAACUGAGCAAAGUUAGCACACUGAAAAUGGCAGUAGAGUACAUACGGCGCUUGCAGAAAGUUCUUCAUGAAAACGACCAGCAGAAGCAGAAACAGUUGCACUUGCAGCAGCAACAUCUGCACUUUCAGCAGCAGCAACAGCAUCAAAACUUUUACGCCUGGCAGCAGCAGUUGCAGUUGCAGUCCCCCACUGGCAGCAUAAGUUCCUGCAACAGCACCAGCUCUUAUUGCCAGCCAGAAACAUCGACGAUUCCAGGAGCAACACCUCCCACCAAUUUCCAUACCAAGUUGGAAGCCAGUUAUGAAGACUACCGUAACAAUUCCUGCAGUUCUGGUACCGAAGACGAGGACAUCCUUGACUAUAUUUCACUCUGGCAGGACGACCUGUGAAAAACCACAGAUACAAAAUCUUCAGCAAUUGCUAGUCGCACCCAACCAUCACACA